CAUCGACCAAGCUCUCCGCAAGACGGUGCGGACUGAUCGAUUAAUAUUAGAAUUAUAUCGAGAUAGACGACGAAGCCGCCAACAGCUGGUUUCAGCUGGCUCUCAAUCAUGUUUAGUUUCUCCCUGACAAUUUCCGGGUUUGGCACCGGUUUGACGACUACCCUUUCCCCAAUUCCAUCCAUCCCUUCUUCUCCGCCUGCGACAUUCACGAACACUUACGACUGCUACAUUUGCCGAGGAAUUGCUGCUGCCCCCGAUCAAGACCUGGACGAACGAGAUCGAUCCGACAUUGAUCGCCUGGGAGAAAGGUCACGCUACCAACUCUGCUCGAACCAUCAAUUUACCAAAACCCACAGCCACCACAACAUUGACCUCAAUCAGAGUACAUCCUUCACACUGGCGGGAGAACGAAGACAAACCGAUAUUAUCGACUCAACCCGAUCUUCCGCCAAAAACCACAAUAAACAGACCUUACAAAAUCCGGUCACAAUCGAUGAUAGUACCGCUGUUCAUUCUCCUUCCAGCUCGAAUCGUACCACUUCCUCAUGUGAUGGCGACCAGAAACACUGUCAAUCUGAUACCACUGAGAAGUCCCCUAUUCGACCCGAGAAGGAUCAAGCUCUCGUGAUCAAGCCCCAGUUAAAAUGGGACGGCUACGAUCUAUUCUUCGAUGCAACCCGUCUCGUCCGGCCAGGACUCCCUGGCCAUCUCAUUGCUGGUCCAGGGUGGUUCAUUCGGAUGCCAGAAGCCGCAGAAGGACAUCGGGAAGCACUGGUCGAGUUGAUCGGCUGUGCUCACUGGAAGCCGAGCAUUAGCGCUGAUGUAUCAUGGGAGACAUUUACCAAGGAGCCACUCCUCGAAUCACACAGUGCGGUCUCUUACGUCGACGAGACGCUGGCUGAAGACUGGUUCGAAACGGCUUGGCAGAAAUGGAUACCGUCGAGGCAUAUCCCUGGCCCUCCCUGGACAUAUGGCGAUUCGGUCAUGCUCGAACUUCUGGAGGAAACCUCUAUGAUCGACUUACCUCAUACGGAUCAUUGGUGCUACGAACGAGUGAUGUUCACAAGCGAUGCUUACCGAUUCGAGAUUGAGGAAGACGACGGUAUGGUUGCCGAACUCGAGCUCCUUGGGUCGCGAAAGACUGUACGCACUGCCGGUCACUUCUCCAUUCACCCACCCUCGCCCUUGGCCCGAGAGCUCUUGGUCAUCACCGGCAAAUUGUUAUGUUUCAUCGAAGACGACAAGAAGAACAUACGAAUGAUCGUCCUGAAACAGGGUCAUCGGCUUGCCACAAAGCCCAAUACAUCGCUCACCAUCUAUUCCAUCGAGCCUUCCGUCACCUUUAGUCGACAUUUCAGCACCUGGCGAUGGAUGCUAGAUACGAAGUGGAAUUCGAUUGGGAUCGAAGCUGUUCUUCUGAGCAUGUGGAUCCGCGACGAGAUCGAGAACGAAGGGGAUGGCGCGCUGGACUUCGAUGAACUGAUAUCCCUCUUGGACCUCAUCGAUAGCCUGAACGCCAAGACUACCGAACCCCAGGAUCGCUACCAGCGAAUUCUCGAGCGGCUCUGCAAAGCCACUUACAAGCAUGUCUCCAAGGAAUCCCGAGACAACCGCCGGCGCGAGCUGGAAGAGGCGCGGGCCGUCCAGCUAGUGGCUCAGCAACCAAAGGCCGAACAGCAAAUGGAGACGCCCUCGCCCAUGGACAAAUGAUGCACACGCCUACUAACAAUCUUUCGCAUCGUUUUCGCUGGCUCCCGCCAAACCAGCAACUUGCACAACGAACCGUUUCCCAUAACCUCUUUACGAAUGCCCUUCCUCCGCCACUUACGAAUCUCCUGCUCUCCCCUUACGAACAAUUACGCCCCUCCCCCCACGACCACCUUACGUAUUCUGCUCGCACACUUCCCCUUUGUCACUUUGUUAUGAAAGCCUCACGAACCGGGAGGACGACCCCGACG